AAGGGGCGGGGAAAGUUGUAACGUUAGCAACCACGCCGAGGGACGGGAGCGGCUGUCGUUACAGGGGAGGAUUGCGUUUUGAAUUAUGUGUCUGUAUGCCGUGUAGCUGUUUGUCUGCAGCGUCGGGCAGCGUUGGAUGAACGCAGGAAGCGCCGCAUCCCGGUACCGAGCAGACCGUCUGAAGCAAUGCCGCCGCUGCCGUCCAGCUGUGACUGUCCCCAUCUGGCCUGUGUGGGGGAGAUCACCAAGGAGGAGCUCAUUCAGAAAUCCCAUGGCCACUGCCGAGACUGUAACGUCAAAGGACCAAAUCUGUGGGCGUGUUUAGAGAGUGGCUGUGCCUAUGUGGGCUGUGGAGAGUCUCACACCGAUCACAGCACCGUGCACUCACAGGAGUCCAGGCACAACCUCACCGUCAAUCUGACCACACUUCGAGUGUGGUGCUACUCCUGCAGCAAGGAGGUUUUCCUGGAGCGUAAGCUGGGCCCUCACUCUCCUCAUGUGAGCUUCAAACCACUCCCCCCACCGCAGAACGUUCAGGACGCCAUGAGGGACUCGGGGAGCCCAACUCCUCUGAGGGUUCCUUCCAGUGGGGGCUGUGAAGAUCUGGACAUGGACACCGAGGAAGAGGAUGACAUGCGAGUCAGAGGCCUGUCGGGGUUGAAGAAUAUCGGCAACACCUGCUACAUGAACGCCGCCCUGCAGGCCCUGUCCAACUGUCCGCCCUUGACGCAGUUUUUUCUUGAAUGUGGUGGCCUGGUGAAAACAGACAAGAAGCCGGCUCUCUGCAAAAGCUACCAGAAGCUGGUGUCCGACCUGUGGCACAAGAACAGACCUUCCUAUGUUGUUCCAACCACCCUGUUCCAGGGGAUCAAAGCCAUCAACCCCAUGUUUAGAGGCUACUCUCAGCAGGACUCGCAGGAGUUUUUGCGUUGCUUGAUGGACCAGCUGCACGAGGAACUGAAGGAGCCGAUGCCAGAACCAAAUGACCUGUCCAACGGCAUCGCCAUGGGGGACAGCAUGGAGGAGGACAACCACACCCAAUCAGACAAUGACUUUCAGUCAUGUGAAUCCUGCGGCAGCAGCGACAGAGCCGACAACGAAGUGCAGGGUGGAAAUGAGCUCAUGGGCGACACCAAUGAGGCAGAGAUGCUGAUUCCUGAGCAAGAGGAGGUCCAGGCCAACAGGGAGUGGCAGAAGGAGAAGAACAUGAUUAACGACCUCUACCGCUCCGGGGUCAAUGUCAUCAUGAGUGGAAGCACUGGGGUGGACAUCGACAGAGAUGUUGACACCACGUCUGAGACCAAACCCAUUAUCAGCAGCCAAGGAGCUAUUAAGGUCCAAAGCAGAUCAUCAGAAUGUUUUCCAGAUAUCCAGAUGUCCAACUCAACAAGACCACAAAGUCCAGUCUCGAUGGAGGGACACAUUCCCAAACUGUCCAGCAGCCCGCCCAAAGCUGCCUGUGGCUGGCCGAGCCUGAACCCUUCUCACAAGAAAGCUGUCACCACAUUCUCCCCAACGAAGAGCAAGCGGCAGAAGAAGUACAGAAGUAUCAUUUCAGACGUCUUCGAUGGGACCAUCGUGAGCUCGGUUCAGUGCCUCACCUGUGAUCGGGUGUCUGUGACCCUGGAGAAUUUCCAGGAUAUCUCAUUGCCCAUUCCGGGAAAGGAAGAUCUGGCCAAGCUGCACUCAUCCACCCACCAGACCUCGCUGGUAAAAGCUGGCUCCUGUGGGGAGGCGUAUGCAGCUCAGGGGUGGAUAGCAUUUGUCAUGGAGUACAUCAAAAGCUGGUUCUGGGGUCCAGUGGUUACACUACAAGACUGUCUGGCUGCAUUCUUUGCCAGAGACGAAUUAAAAGGAGACAAUAUGUACAGCUGCGAAAAAUGCAAAAAGUUACGAAACGGAGUCAAAUUCUGUAAAAUGCAAAAGUUGCCAGAGAUCCUGUGUAUUCAUCUGAAGCGGUUCAGACAUGAGCUGAUGUUCUCCACCAAGAUAAGCACCCAUGUGUCCUUCCCACUUGAGGGGCUGGACCUGCAGCCCUUUCUGUCCAAAGACAGCUCCGCCCAGACCACCAACUAUGACCUGCUGUCCGUCAUCUGUCACCACGGCACUGCCAGCAGUGGCCACUACAUAGCGUACUGCAGGAAUGACUCCAACAAUCUGUGGUACGAGUUUGACGACCAAAGCGUGACCGAGGUGUCUGAGUCCUGUGUCCAGAACGCUGAAGCCUAUGUGCUCUUCUAUAAAAAGAGCAACGGGGACACCGUGAAGGAACGUGGGAGGGUGUCAAACUUAUUCAACAUGAUGGAGCCCAGCCUUCUGCAGUUUUACAUCUCUCGCCAGUGGCUGAACAAGUUCAAGACCUUUGCUGAGCCAGGGCCCAUUUCCAAUGAUGACUUCUUGUGUGUGCAUGGAGGUGUUCCCCCCAACAAGGCGUCGUUCAUUGAUGACCUGGUAGUGAUGCUGCCACAGAACGUGUGGGAUCACCUUUACAGCAGGUACGGAGGAGGACCUGCUGUCAACCACCUGUACGUUUGCCACACAUGCCAGAUUGAUCUAGAAAAACUAGAAAAGCGCCGGAAGUCCGAGCUGGACCUGUUUGUCCGCCUGAAUAAGGCGUUCCAGGAGGAGGAGUCUCCGGUGGUCAUAUACUGCAUCAGCAUGCAGUGGUUCCGCGAGUGGGAGGGCUUUGUCAAGGGAAAAGACAAUGACAUACCAGGACCCAUCGAUAAUUCCAAGAUAACGGCAAAUAAGAAUGGACAUCUGACGCUCAGACAAGGUGCAGACUCUGGACAGAUCUCCGAAGAGACUUGGAACUUCCUCCACUCCAUCUACGGAGGAGGCCCACUGGUGACAUUUCGACCGAACGUCAAUCACCAGGAAACGGAGCCGUCGCAGUCGGAGGAGAAGAUUGAGCUGGAGACGCGCUCUAUUUAACCAAACACUUCACAAUAAACAAUGAAAAAAUCGUUUUAGAAUAAAAGUAAGCCUUUUUUUUCUUUUGCACUGGACAUUUAUUCAAGCAAAGGACCCUAUUUGUACCGCUAACCGACAGUCUGAAGGCAUGCUGAGGUCUGCUAUGCUGUAAUAAUCUGUAUAAAGAGCUCUUGAACUUCUCUUGGCACUGUUGAUUUCAUGUGAUUGUUUUUUCACUGCGAUUCAUGUAAUUUAUGAGCAGCUAAAAGUUCCUCAGAAUGCCAUUUUUUUUCUUGAUUUAAUGAGCACAAAUUGUAUGUCCGUAGGUAUUGCUGUUGUUAAAUACACUCUGUAAAUAGAUCACAUUUUCUUUCCUGUUGUACAAAAAGUAUUGUCCCCUGAACGGCAUUAAUUGCAAAAUGUGAGACUGUGUGUGAUGACUAUGUAAAAGGUUAUGAAGGGACUAAUUUCUGACUAGUCUCAGGAAAGACUUUUGUUUUGCACUGUUCUGUAGACGUACUCAUGAUUUGUAUGUGAAUGUAUCAGUACUCCUAGGAUGUUGGCUCAGUUCAGCACUUGCUUAUUCAUCACUAAGAAGGUUGCUUUAUUAUGUAUUUUUGUAUUUGAAGGCCCACUGCAGUUAAAGCAUGCUUAACACUCAAAAUGUGCAUGCUUCACUUCUGGACAGCUAUGGAAAUGCCAUUGUAGCACCCAAUCAUCAUCCAUUCAUUAUUAAUUAAAGGCAUUAUUUUUUUGCUAUGGG